UGAAACACUCUGCUCCUGAAGCUUGAAGACCAGGGGCUGAGAAUCAUGACAAGCAGAUUUUCUGCCUGUGUGCUGGCUUUACUGCACUUUUUUCAUUCCUCUGACUCCUAUGAGCCAUCAACGCUGCCUGAUAUUGGAGAUCCAAAGUUUAUUGAGGAAUGUGUGAAAACCCAUAACAGAUUCCGGUCUGGAGUGAAUCCACCAGCCAGCAACAUGCUUUACAUGAGUUGGGAUCCAGAUUUGGCAAUGACUGCAAAAGCUUGGGCAAAGAAAUGCCUGUUUAAACAUAAUAUCUACCUCAGAGUUCCAGGACGUGCUCACCCCAAAUUUACCCCUGUUGGAGAAAAUCUCUGGACUGGCUCACUUUCUAUGUUCACUGUGCAAGGAGCCAUCACCUCUUGGUACAAUGAGGUCAGCGCCUAUGACUAUGCCACCAAUACCUGCAGAACAAAAUGUGGCCACUAUACCCAGGUUGUUUGGGCUACAAGCUACAAGGUCGGCUGUGCUGUCCACUUCUGUUCUAGGGUACAGUACUCCUCCAUAGCCAACGCAGCACACUUCAUCUGCAACUAUGGGCCAGCUGGGAAUUACCCAGGGCACCCGUACCAGAUGGGAGCAGCGUGCAGUAACUGCAGUGAUGAGCAGUGUGCCAACCAUCUCUGUCAAAAUGCAGAACGUGACCAAGUCAUUAGUGGUUCCAGGUGGCAUCCAGACUGGGACAGACCUGCCUGUGAUGAGUACUGCAUCACCCUUAUUGUUUUAAGGCUGUUAAUCCUUAUACUGACAAUUCUGGCCAGCUGGCUCCUACCAAAAUGCUGGUCUGUAAGCACCCGCCAGUGAGUGACAAACUGACCAUGAGACCACUUAAGUCAUCUCAUCCCUUUCCAGAACAUAAGUUACGGGUAGCACGGUGAUCAGUAGAGACACUGUUUGCACUCACAGGUGAUUUAGAAGUACAGCAAUACCACUGCAGGCAGCCGCUAGGAGAGGUGAUAAGCAGCUCUCUCAUUGCUCAGCACCAGUAACUGCUUUUAAAUUAUUCAUGCAUUUUUCCAAAGGGGAGUGGUGUGAGCAGGAUCCAGUAAGGGACCACGUUGCCUGGGAAGCACACUGAGGAGCAGGCAGCUCCCCACCACUUUUUCAGUCCCCAGCUCAGGAGCCUAACUUGAGAGUCAGCUAAGGCUCUGGGCAGAGCACUCACCUCCCUCAUACCUACUGCUCUCUUUUCUUGGACACUCCUCCAGCAAGAUUCACGGUAACCAAGAGAGGGUUUCAUUUAAAUGUUUUUUUGCAAUAAUUUUUGGACCCCCGUGAUCUCUUGCAUUUGCAUUCUUGGCAGGCAGCGCAUUUCCUGGUUUCACAGUGCACUGGGGCCACUGGUACAUAAUUGCUUAGAUCUUUGUUUUAAAUACCUCAUCCAAAACAUAGUUUCACCUGUGUUUACACAUUAUUAGGUGUCACUGCAAUUCUUCAUGGUUGUGGUUUUUUGUUUUGUGGUGUUGGGGUUUUUUCUGAGUGUUGUUUUUGACUGCUGUUUC